UUCGCACCUCCAUUGAUAACUAUGUAAAGUUGUAACUGUUAAAUAUACUCUUUAACGCUUCUCAGAAAGGCAUGGUCCAAGAAUAAGUGUUGUUUAUACGAAACGUAGGCAAAAGUUAAUAUAACCUUGCUAGGAUGUGGACGCUGAUGUGGAUUACUAUUUUCCAUCUUAUAGUAAGCUCGGUUUCUAAGGAAUCGGUAUACAUUAAAACUCGGGUCAUUAAAGAAACGUGUGAUGGCAGUACACAUUUAUCCGAUGAUAUUGUUAGAAGUGAUCGCCAUUGCGGAGUAAAAUGUUCCUCAUCUUCAGAAUGUAGGCGAUAUCGUGUAUGCAAGGUGAAUAAUGUAAUGACAUGUUCUCUCUUUGUUGAUGGUUCAAAUUGUGUCACCGAUCUACCAGAAACAGAUUGUACGUGUUACCGGAAGAAAUAUACUUGUGACAACGGAAUGUGCGCGUGUCCUAUUGGUUAUUAUGGAAAUACAUGUGAAAAUAUAAUAACAGAUUGUUCCCAUGGUUUUAUCGUAGGCAUGUCGAACCUCGAACAAAAGAUAAGUUUCGUAAAACCGAGUUUGUCACCCGAACCUUUUGAAAUAAUAUGUCACUUUAACUGGGGUGGUAUGGCUCACACACUUGUAAGAGAUACCAAGUGCUCGACAGUAACCUUUAACCGCACAUGGGUGGAAUACCGCGAUGGAUUUGGUGAUGCGAGUGGCGAACAUUGGAUUGGUCUGACCAAGUUCUACCAAAUAAGUAUGGAGAGAUCAUUUCGACUUAAUGUUAUGGCAAUGUAUAGUAGCUCUGAUCAGUUGGCACAGGGUUAUUAUGACUCCUUUAGUAUUUCGGACUCCUCGGACGGUUUUAAACUACAUAUUUCUUCAUAUUUCCCACAUCCGGAUGAAACAUGCGGAGACGCAUGGACAACUUCUGUAAAUAUAAAUAACAUGCCUUUCUCAACGUACGACAACGAUCUGACAGCAGCUGGGUGUCCAACUACCAUGCAAGGUGGUGGUUGGUUUUCUACAACAGACCCACAAUGCACGCGUGGUAAUAUAUUUGGUAAAGUUGUUACUUGGGAUGCAGUUGUAACACAGCCUAUCCAUUUGUUUUAUUUAAGAUUGAUAGGUAGGUAAAAUAGUUUUGCCCGGAAUUUGUUCUUGUUGGAUUUUUUUAAAGGAAAAAAGAGAUAUAAUUUGGAAAGGGUCCCUAUAUGACACUAGUCGAAUAAUCUCAGCAAUUUUGUAAAAAUAAAUCUCAAAAAACUCUUGACCUGUAGAGAGUGUAUCAAGUUUGGGUAUCAAAGGUUAGUAACUCAUUGUGCGAUAAGUUGCCCCCCCCCCCCGUGUAUUUCGACAGGCUUCUUUCUUAGAACUCGCCAAACAAUCCCGGCAAGUUUGAAAACAAUCUCAAAAUCACUUGACGCAAUAUCCAUGCACAACGCUCAAUGUCGAUAGGUAUAGUGUAAUUAGUCACUCGACGUAAUAUCCACGCACAACUUUCAAUGUUGGUAGGUUGUUGUUUAUUACAGAUUUAACGUCCAAUACAAAAAAUAUGAUAUGAUGGACAGUUGAUAGGUGUGUGAAAUAGCUUUAUUUAGGUUUAAAAUACAGAUGUGACGUCAUCCUUUGAUGUUGGAGUACCAUUAUUUCAAAUAAUCGUACGGGCAAUGUGCCAAACGUAACUUGGUAAAAUAUUGAACUCGAGUGACGUAUUUCAUUGCAAAGCAAGUGUCUGUAUUUUAAGUUGUUUAAUGGUCUCGAGAUUAACACAUUGCGUAAUAUAUUGUAAAAACAUUCGGGCCUCACGGCCCUCAUGUUGUUACAAUAUAUUACUUAAUGUCUCGCUCUCGACCAUUAAACAAUACAUAACGCAGAGCCUCAUAUAGAGAGUCUGGCCAACCCGUGUUACAAUUGUUAUUGGUUAAUAGUAGUCACAUGACAUAUGGCCGCCAUUAUGUUACCCUCCUGAAAAGAAUCAUCUACAUAGUAAUCUAGAAUUUGACGUGCUUUUAAAUGACAUAAAUAGUCUGUUCUGUGGCCGUAAAAUGCCAUACAAGGCGCGGGCAAUGAAUUCAUAUGCACAGGUUCCCAAAAGAAUGCUGGAAGGCGCCGAUUGUGGGGAGUGGAAGUAAAAAGAAGUGGAUGGAAGCCUGGUAAAAAUUAUUUCUUGUGUGAUGUUAAUAGUCUAUCAUUCGAUUUUUUAAACGAUUCAAGCGACCGUAGAUUAAUAUUGUAGUUCGAAGAAGUUCCAAACCUAAUGACAUUCACGUCAUAUUUUUUUGUUUUUUUUUGUUUAUGAAUGAAUUUUCGAAGAUUUGCUAUGAACUUGAGAAUGACACUUUUGACAGUUUAAGUAAGCCUAAAUAUAGGCCUAGCCCAAAUAAGAGAAAACCCACGAGGUUGGGCAGGAGAUCCUACUCCUUGACAAGUAGAAUCUUUGGUUCGAAACAUCGCUACUUGACUCAAUGACAGCGCACGUGUUAGAUCACUCGACCACCCUGUUUCCAAUGAAACACAAAAAUGAUUUCUAAUUAAACAUUCAUUAUGCAAGAGCUAAAUCUGCCUAUUUCAGGUCUUUCUUUAGGCCUGAAAUGUUAUCUAAAUUAUUAAUUAGACAUUAAUUAACAUAUCCAGGCCAUAAUCAACUCUAGAUGAAAUUUUCACCAAAUUGCCUUUACAUUAUCUAGUUUUUAACUAUUAUAGUGAGAACUGCCAACUCGUUACCGAAUCUCCCAUAAUGUAUCUUUAACAAAAGGUGCAACUAUACCAUAAUAGGUUGUUUCUAAAUAACAAAGUUUCAUAAAGAUAUCUCCAGAAACGAAAUUGGGAUGGACAGAGCUCGUUUCAAUAUCUUUCCUUUACUACCUUCGGCGCGCUAUAAUAACAUACGAUAAAAAUAAAAUAAAAAAACUAGUUUCUAAUUUCAGAGGUAAUCAUUAUUUAAUCGGUAGUCAAACGAUUUGAUCAUUGCGGUGUGUUUAGUGUCAUUUUUUGUUUUAAAUUAGGAAACUAAAUCGGGAUGGAUGGGGCCCGUUUCAAUGUAACACCUUAAUUUCGUUCGACGCGGGAUAAUAACAUACGAUAAAAAUUAAAUAAAAAAUAAGUUUCUAAUUUCAAAGGUAAUCAUUAUUCGAUAGUUUCGGUUUAACCUGUAGUCAUUGGAUAUAUUGGAUUAUUGCGGUGUUUUUAAUGUUUAAAAAAUAAACAUUGUCAGUAAAAUUUACAUAUUGUAAUUAAUUGAUUUAUUGAAAUUAUUGUCUACCCCUACACUUGAGGAGGGGGUUGGAUGGCCGAAUGGUUAGCGUGUGUGUGUGUUGUAUCAUAAAGUCUGUCAUUGAGUCAACUGGCGGGGUUUCGAUUCCCCGGUUGUACGUGACAAUGAGUAGGGUCGCAUGUCCAACCUCGUGGGUUUUCUCCGGGUCCUCCGGUUUCCUCCCACUGCUAAAGACCCCUACGCACAAGCGAAUUAUUGAAAUAACAAAUUGAACCACGUGUUAGUCCCGAAAUGGCCCAGUCUGUGUCGAGAGAACGUUAAACCCCAUUUCUCUCUCUCUCCCUACACUUGAGGGAACAUAAAAUACAUUUGCCCAGAUCUAAGAUAUACAAAUCUGUCACACGCUGUACUGUGGUUCUAUCUGUGGUUCUAUUGGUAACAACAUGGCGCCCACGACGUCAGUUGUCCAGACUCUCUAUAUAUAAGGCUCUGGUAUAAUGUAAUUAGUAACACUUCUUGAUUUAUUUAUCAAUAAUUAUAUAUUGUUGUUAUUGUUGUUUACUAAUGGUAUAAAUACUAGAUGAAUCUAAUCGCUGAAUAAUAAACAAUUAUUGUGUCCUGUGUAGUUCUAGUUCAAUUCCUAGAUGCCAUUCGAACAGUGUAAAAAUAAUUACAAAAAAUAAAAUAAUAGAUUAUCUAAUAAAUGCUUGUGUACGUUUGCAUCUUAUAGAUAUUUAUUAUUAUUAUUAGUAUGUUGUAUAUUAAAGUUAAUGAGGCGUUAUGGAUAUUUAUUAUUAUUAUUAGUAUGUUGUAUAUUAAAGUUAAUGAGGUGUUAUGGAUAAUUAUUAUUAGUAAGUUGUAUAUUAAAGUUAAUGAGGCGUUAUGGAUAUUUAUUAUUAUUAUUAGUAUGUUGUAUAUUAAA